UUUUUUCCUCUUGAAUCUCCAGGCCUGCAGGUGGUCUCUACGGCAUUGACAGCAUGCCUGAUCUACGUAAAAAGAAACCAAUUCCACUUGUCAGUGAUCUGUCACUGGUUCAGUCCCGGAAAGCCGGAAUUACCUCAGCAAUGGCCACCAGAACAUCUCUCAAAGAUGAAGAGCUGAAAUCGCAUGUCUAUAAGAAGACCUUGCAAGCCUUAAUUUACCCUAUCUCUUGUACAACCCCACACAACUUUGAAGUAUGGACAGCCACAACUCCUACCUACUGCUAUGAAUGUGAGGGGCUGUUGUGGGGUAUUGCACGGCAGGGAAUGCGCUGCGCUGAAUGUGGAGUCAAGUGCCAUGAGAAGUGCCAAGACUUGCUCAAUGCUGACUGCUUACAGAGAGCAGCGGAGAAGAGCUCAAAGCAUGGAGCUGAGGAUCGAACCCAGAAUUUCAUCAUGGCCAUGAGGGAUCGCAUGAAAAUCCGUGAGCGGAACAAGCCGGAGAUCUUUGACUUGAUCAGAGAUGUGUUCUGUGAGAGCAAAUUGACACAUGCUCAGCAAAUGAAGACAGUGAAGCAAAGUGUGCUUGAUGGCACCUCAAAAUGGUCAGCAAAGAUCACAAUCACAGUGGUGUGUGCUCAGGGUCUACAGGCCAAAGACAAGACUGGUUCCAGCGAUCCGUAUGUAACUGUUCAAGUGGGUAAAACAAAGAAGAGGACAAAAACAAUUUUUGGGAAUUUGAAUCCUGUUUGGGAAGAGAAGUUUUAUUUUGAGUGCCAUAACUCCUCUGACCGGAUCAAGGUGCGAGUGUGGGAUGAGGACGACGACAUCAAGUCUCGAGUCAAGCAGAGGCUGAAGCGUGAGUCAGAUGAUUUCCUGGGGCAGACAAUCAUUGAAGUCCGUACACUGAGCGGAGAAAUGGAUGUGUGGUACAACCUCGAGAAAAGAACAGAUAAGUCUGCAGUAUCUGGGGCUAUCCGUCUGCAAAUCAGUGUGGAGAUCAAAGGCGAGGAGAAGGUGGCUCCGUAUCACAUUCAGUACACUUGCCUUCAUGAGAACCUCUUUCACCAUCUCACAGACGUGCAAGGGAAUGGGGUGGUGAAGAUCCCUGAUGCCAAAGGAGACGAUGCCUGGAAGGUGUAUUUUGAUGAGACAGCUCAAGAGAUCGUGGAUGAAUUUGCAAUGCGCUAUGGCAUCGAAUCAAUAUACCAGGCCAUGACGCAUUUUGCUUGUCUUUCUUCCAAAUACAUGUGCCCAGGUGUACCAGCUGUGAUGAGCACCUUACUUGCCAAUAUCAACGCUUACUAUGCGCACACAACUGCCUCCACAAACGUGUCUGCUUCAGACCGCUUUGCAGCCUCCAAUUUUGGGAAAGAACGAUUUGUUAAGCUACUGGACCAGCUUCAUAAUUCACUUCGGAUCGAUCUCUCCAUGUACAGGAAUAACUUCCCAGCCAGCAGCCGGGAACGGCUGCAGGACCUGAAGUCUACAGUGGAUUUGCUGACGAGCAUUACUUUUUUCAGGAUGAAGGUUCAGGAGCUUCAGAGUCCACCCCGAGCCAGCCAGGUAGUGAAGGACUGUGUAAAAGCUUGCCUCAACUCCACAUAUGAGUACAUUUUCAACAACUGUCAUGAACUGUACAGUCGCGAGUACCAGACAGAUCCUAACAAAAAUCAAGAUCUUCCUCCUGAGGAACAGGGUCCCAGUAUCAGGAACUUGGAUUUCUGGCCCAAACUCAUCACUUUGAUAGUUUCCAUCAUAGAGGAGGACAAGAAUUCUUAUACCCCAGUACUGAAUCAGUUUCCUCAGGAGCUUGCUGUUGGUAAGAUCAGUGCAGAAGUGAUGUGGAGUCUUUUUGCCCAGGAUAUGAAAUAUGCCAUGGAAGGUAAGACAGUUUCUAAUGGGUGCCAGCUGACUUGCUAUUGCCUUCCUGUUCCUUUUGGAGCAAAGAUUUCUAUUGUUUUGGUUUUGGACAACUGCUUUAUGACUGAGAAUUUAAACUGAACACUGCAUGAAAAA